GCUGCGAGCGCUGAGCGGCGCGAGGAGAUGCUACAGGGCGCCGUGCCACCGGCAUCAUGCGCCCCCCGCCCGCGUUGGCCCUGGCCGCGCUCUGCCUGUUGGCGUUGCCCGCCGCCGUCGCCGCCGCCUACUUCGGCCUGACUGGGCGGGAAGUCCUGACGCCCUUUCCAGGGCUGGACACCGCAGCAACGCCAGCGCGGGGCGGGGCCCACCUGAAGCAGUGUGACCUGCUAAAGCUGUCCCGUCGGCAGAAGCAGCUCUGUCGGCGGGAGCCCGGCCUGGCUGAGACCCUGCAGGACGCUGCCCACCUAAGCCUGCUGGAGUGCCAGUUCCAGCUCCGGCACGAGCGCUGGAACUGCAGCCUGGAGGGGAGGACAGGCCUGCUCAAAAGAGGUUUCAAGGAGACGGCCUUCCUAUAUGCGGUGUCCUCGGCUGCCCUUACCCACACGCUGGCCCGGGCCUGCAGCGCCGGGCGCAUGGAGCGCUGCACCUGCGACGACUCUCCGGGCCUGGAGAGCCGGCAGGCCUGGCAGUGGGGCGUGUGCGGCGACAACCUCAAGUACAGCACCAAGUUCCUGAGCAACUUCCUGGGGCCCAAGAGAGGAAGCAAAGACCUGCGCGCACGGGCCGAUGCCCACAACACCCACGUGGGCAUCAAGGCCGUGAAGAGUGGCCUCAGGACCACCUGUAAGUGCCACGGCGUGUCAGGCUCCUGUGCCGUACGCACCUGCUGGAAGCAGCUCUCCCCAUUCCGCGAGACGGGCCAGGCACUGAAACUGCGCUAUGACUCAGCCGUCAAGGUGUCCAGUGCCACCAAUGAGGCCUUGGGCCGGCUGGAGCUGUGGGCACCCGCCAGGCCGGGCAGCCCCACCAAGGGCCUGGCCCCCCGAUCCGGGGACCUGGUCUACAUGGAGGACUCACCCAGCUUCUGCCGGCCCAGCAAGUACUCCCCUGGCACAGCGGGCAGGGUGUGCUCCCGGGAGGUCAGCUGCAGCAGCCUGUGCUGCGGGCGGGGCUAUGAUACCCAGAGCCGCCUGGUGGCCUUCUCCUGCCACUGCCAGGUGCAGUGGUGCUGCUAUGUGGAGUGCCAGCAGUGCGUGCAGGAGGAGCUCGUGUACACCUGUAAGCACUAGGUCUGCUUCCCAGUGUGUCAGCGGGCACUGCCAGGACCUCACUCAGCACCCAGCCACCUUGAGGCCACCCAGCUGUCCGACCAGCCCCUCCGGGCAGGUUCACCAGCGUGCAUGCACUCACGGAUGUACAUGCCAGCGCACACCUACUCCUCUCUCCACCGGGCUUUGGCAGUCCUUCCCUCUUUCAACACUCAGCAAUGAGAGGUGCAGGCCCCUCCCCGAACCCAAGGGUCCCCAGCCUUUUGGAGGACUUGGGGCAGGAAGGCAGAGUGGAAAAGAUGUGGAGGGAAAUAAGGGAAACGAGGAGGGCAGGACCGAGGUUUUGGAUGGGAGAGAGGGAAUAUCCCUCUAUCUUGAUCCUAGAAUGAGUGGCCUAGAGCCAGCAAGAUGCUGGGAGGCGAGCACCUAGCCCAGGAAGGCACAGGGAGACCUGUCAGAUGGAAGUAGAGGCUGGGAUGCGUCAGUCCAGCUCCUGGGCCAGCUCAGAUCACAAUGAGCCCCGGGCCCACACACUGUCACUACCACAUGGCUUCGCUGUGCUAGAGAUGUGGGGAAAGGCCAGGUGAUGGGACCUGUUGAUUUGGAGAAAAGAAAGCUUUUUGGACUUGAGUGGAUCCAAGUCAGAACAUGUCCUGGAACCCUGUGUCCUUGAUUUCAUUUUUAAAAUAUGCCUGUGCUGAGGCCUCAUUCUUGUCUUGAGAGCUGAGUUAUCCACACCCACCCAGCCCUACUCAGUAAGCUCACCAGUGGACGCAAGACUGGUAGGGGAGCCAGUCCCCAGGGUGGGCUCAGACAGGGCACUGAGGUGGCACAGGGAGACAGUGACCCUUCCCCCGUUUCCCUGGAACACAGAAUCUUUAGUCCUGGCCCAGGAGAGGGUGACAGCCCUCUGGUGCCAAGAAGGGAGCUCAGUUUCUCAGCCUCCCCUUGAGACUGCUUUGGUCAACUCCCCGAGGCUGGGGUCCCCAUCUGCUGUGAGGCCCCAAAAACAGCUGAUAUUCAUGAUGUGAAAGAGGUGGUUGGUGGGUUGAUUCCAGUUACAUUUUUUCUCUUAUGGCCACUCAUCUGAUUAAUGUUUUUGCCCUGGCUGGAGGUAUAGGUGUGUGAAAGUCUUGCUAAGCCUGGUUUCUUGGGGACCCUUCAUUUACUAACGUCCCCUCACUUUGGCUUUCACCCAAGGAACAAAAGUGACUUUACUAAUUUCCUCCACCAUUUCCAGGGCGACUACCAAGGUCUAGUGUAGGAGGAGAGAGGAGCUCACA